AUGUAUCUCCAUAUUCUUUCUUUCUUAAUAUCUCCCUACUCUUUCUUUUUUAUUCUCCCCACUCUUUCUUCUUAUACCUUCAUAUUUUUCUUAAUAUCUCCUCACACUUUAAUUUCUCCCCCUUCUUUCUUUCUUCUUAAUAUAUCCAUAUUCUUUCUUGCUAAAUAUCUCCCCACUCUUUCUUUCUUUCUUUCUGAAUAUCUCCCCAUUCUUUCUUUCUUUCUGAAUAUCUCCCCAUUCUUUCUGAAUAUCUCCCCACUCUUUCUUUCUUUCUUUCUAUUCUUUCUUUCUUUCUUUCUUUCUUUCUAUUCUUUCUUUCUUAAUAUCUCCACUCUCUUUUUUCUCAAAGAAAUCCCAGUUGGUGGACUGCAACCAAAUGAGACUGUGGUGGCAGAACAUGAAGCGCGUCUACUUUCUCAACUCUCUCAUCCAAAUAUUGUCAAAUUUCUGGGAAAAUUCAUUGACAGGGAAUUUUUUUGUAUCAUAACUGAAUAUUGUGAGGGAGGAGACCUUGAUAAAUACAUUGAAGGAUGUCAGAAGAAAAAGCAGCCAAUCAGUGAGAAGAGAGUGUUGGAUUGGUUUGUGCAAUUGUUACUUGGAGUUGACUACAUUCACGCCCGUCGCAUCCUGCACAGAGACCUCAAAUCUCGGAAUAUUUUCUUGCAAAAUGAAAUGAUCAAAAUUGGAGAUUUUGGAAUUUCAAGAAUUCUUAUGGGCCCUUCUGACUAUGCAUCAACGUUUAUUGGAACUCCUUAUUAUAUGAGUCCAGAAGUCUUGAAACAUGAAGGCUACAACUCAAAGUCUGACAUCUGGUCCCUUGGAUGCAUCCUCUUUGAUAUGUGUGCAUUAAAGCAUGCAUUUGAAAGCACGUCUUUUUUGUCUGUGUUAUACAAGAUUACUGACGAUGACCCUCCAUCACUUCCUUCACACUACCCAAUACAAAUGGACAUGAUCUUUAAAUUGUGA